GGCGGAUCCCGCAACGUAAGCGACGCUGCUGAGCUGAGCGGACAUCUGAGCCCAGCUAGCUGGUGCUGGACGCAUCCUCCCUCCGAAGCGAGCCGAGCCCGCGAUCUAGGAGCUUUUUGCUGGACCUGUGAGACUGUGGACGCAUCGCUGAAGGGGAGUGGUAAUCAUCGUGCUGCUGUUAGAGACGAGCCCCCUGUGUGACCGACCCCUCGGAGCCGCAUGGCGUUCUCUCGCACCUGGGACCGUGCACACCCAGCUCCCCUCCUCAGGAUGGAAGAAUGAUGGCAUGGCUGUAAAGAUGGGCCCGUGGGCAGGAAUGCAGACCUUCCACCUUUGCCUGGCCCUCCUGCUCUCCCAGCUUCUCUCCUGCUGCUGCCAAGUGUUCCAGGAGCCAGGAGGCCUCCCCCGGUUCCUCUUCACACAUUCCCUCUACAAUGCCACUGUAUACGAGAACUCCGCGGCACGGACUUAUGCCAGCAGUAAAGUUAAAAUGGGGAUUAUGCUCCUUCACCGCUCGUGGGACAUUAAGUACAGGAUUACUUCCGGGGAUGAGGAGGGCUUCUUUAAGGCGGAGGAGUAUGUUCUUGGAGAUUUCUGCUUCUUGCGUAUUAGGACUAAAGGCGGGAACUCUGCCAUAUUGAACCGAGAAAUACAGGAUAAUUACUUGUUGACUGUGAAGGCGUCUGUGAAGGGCGACAGCUUAGAGACGUGGACCAAAGUGAACAUACAGGUGCUGGACAUGAAUGACCUUCGGCCACUGUUCUCCCCCACCACGUACUCUGUGACUAUUCCUGAGAGUACACCACUGAGGACUAGCAUUGCACAGGUCACGGCCACCGAUGCGGACAUUGGCUCCAAUGGGGAAUUUUAUUACUUCUUCAAAGAGAAGGUGGAGCUCUUUGCCGUCCACCCCACAAGCGGCGUGAUCUCGCUCAGUGGGAGGCUGAACACCGAUGAGCAGAGCAGGUAUGACCUGGAGAUCCUAGCUGUCGACCGGGGAAUGAAGCUGUACGGCAACAAUGGCGUGAGCAGCACAGCCAAGCUCUUUAUUCAUGUGGAACGAGUCAACGAGCAUGCACCCCUGUUGAGCGUGAUCACCCACAUCCCAUCCUCUCUGGAUAAAGACCCUGUCUACGCUGUGGUCACGGUCGAAGACCUGGAUGAGGGAGAGAACGGAGAGAUAGAAUCGGUGUCUAUUGUGGCUGGAGACCCUUUGGAGCAGUUUAGCCUGUAUCAUUCGGCAGCAGGCAAUGAGUUUAAGAUAAAAGCGACAGACCCCAUAGACUGGGACAGUUUCCCUUAUGGCUGCAACCUGACUCUUCAGGCUAAAGACAGGGGUUCCCCUCAAAGGUUUUCAGCCGUUAAAAUUGUACACCUGUCAGUGAAAAGACCACAACCUGUAGAGGUCACAUUUGAAAAGGAAAUGUAUGAAGUCUUACUUAGUGAGAUUUCCCCUCCAGGUACCAUUGUGGAGGCUGUGAAAAUCUCCCCAGAACCUGAUGAUGCUGAGUACAUUCUAAGUCCCACCCCAGACGCUGUGUAUUUUAACAUGAACACCCUGACUGGUGUAAUCACUACAGCUCGUCAGUUUACCACAGUAGAUCAGGAGGUGUUUGAGUUGGAAGUGAUUGAGGUAGACAGUAAGCUGAAAACAAAUGUACGAAUCACAAUUGAAGAUGCAAAUAACGAUACCCCCAUGUUUACUCAGCCAUCUUACGAGGUGUUUGUCAAUGAGAGCGUUCCGAUCGGGACAAACAUCUUGAUGGUAUCUGCCAUUGACGACGAUAAAGGCGAGAACGGAUACAUAACUUACAGCAUAGCGAGCCUCCAGUCUCUCCCGUUUAAGAUUAACCAGUUUUCUGGAGUCAUCAGCACUACAGGAGAGCUUGACUUUGAGUCCACGCCAGAGAGCUACAUGUUCAUUGUCAGGGCCUCUGACUGGGGGUCUCCUUACAGGCGUGAGAAUGAAGUCAAUGUCACAGUUCACUUGGAGAAUGUGAAUGACAACCAACCCCUGUUCGAGAAAAUUGCCUGUCAGGGAGUGAUCUCCCGUGAUUUCCCAAUCGGAGAGGUGAUCACCACCAUGUCUGCCAUCGACAUAGAUGAGCUUGAGCUAGUGAAAUAUAAGAUUCUCUCCGGGAAUGAACGGGGCUUCUUCGAUCUGAACCCAGACUCUGGGGUUCUCAUGCUACGGAGGUCUCUCACCACUGCCAAUCCCAAAAAUGGGCUCUUCAGUUUAAAGAUAACUGCCACAGACGGAGAGAAUUUCUCUGAUGCCAUGUUUGUGAAUAUCUCCGUGGUUCAUGGAAAAAUUCCCCCCAAGAGCUUCAAUUGCAAAGAAACCAGGGUAGCGCAAAAAUUAGCAGAGAAGCUGCUCAAAAAGGCGAAAGCUAACAGCAAACCCAAAAUCGAGGAAGGCUUUAUAGAUCUCUAUUCAGUAAACAGACAGACUCCCCAGUUUGAUAAAUCAUUUCCCACUGACAUAUUGGUGCGUGAAGAUCUUAAGGUCGGAGCAAGUGUUUUCAGGGCAAAAGCGGACGAUGGUGACACUGGCUUCAAUGGCCAGAUUUUAUAUGCUAUUUCUGAUGGUAACAAAGACAGCUGUUUCAAAAUAGACAUGGAGAGCGGGCUGAUAACAGUGUUCCUACCAAUGGAUCGUGAAAAGACUGAUAGGUAUCUUCUCAACAUUACCAUUUACGACCUGGGCCUACCGCAGAAAUCCAACUGGCGUCCGCUGACGGUGUUUGUGGAGGAUGCAAAUGACAACACGCCGCAGUUCAUCCAGGACAGCUACCAAGCCGUUGUGCCUGAGAACACUGCUAUUGGGACGGAAGUGAUCCAAGUAGAAGCCACGGAUAAGGAUUUGGGGGUCAAUGGGGAGAUUUCUUACACUAUGCUGACAAGCACAACCCAGUUCGGGAUUAACAGCACAAACGGGAUUGUUUAUGUUGCUGGACAGCUUGACAGGGAGUUCAUAUCGACGUUUAACCUUAAAGUCGAAGCUCGUGAUAAGGCCGAGAAGGGAAGCCAGAGGUUCUCUGUGGCGACUUUGAGGAUAUCCUUGGAGGACGUGAAUGAUUGCCCUCCGGCAUUUAUCCCCAGUUAUUACAAUGCACGGGUCCUGGAAGAUCUUCCCAUGGGUACCAUUGUGGCUUGGCUGGAGACUCAGGAUCCAGAUUUGGGGGUUGGUGGCCAGGUCAGGUACGCCCUUGCUAACGACUAUAAUGGAAAGUUCGAGGUUGACAAAACCAGCGGUGUGAUCCGACUGAACAAAGAGCUAGAUUAUGAAACGCAGCAGUUCUACAACCUGACUGUGCGUGCGAAAGAUAAGGGCCGGCCCGUCUCCCUCCUGUCCGUCUCCUUCGUUGAGGUGGAGGUGAUGGAUGUCAAUGAGAAUUUGUACACCCCAUACUUCUCAGAUUUUGCCCUGACCGGCUCCGUAAAAGAGAACUCGCGGAUAGGAACCAGCGUCCUCCAGGUCACAGCCAGAGACGACGACGACGGACGAGAUGGCGAGAUCCAGUAUUCCAUUCGAGAUGGGAGUGGCCUGGGAAGGUUCUCCAUCGAUGAAGAAACAGGCAUCAUUUACACCACAGACGUGCUGGACCGCGAGACCAAGGACUCGUACUGGCUGACAGUGUACGCCACUGACCGCGGCGUCGUGCCACUCUACGCCGCCAUCGAGGUGUACGUGCAGGUGGAAGAUGUCAAUGACAACGCACCCCUCACCUCCGAGCCCAUCUACCACCCCUCCGUCCCGGAGAACUCCCCCAAGGACGUGUCCGUCAUACAGAUUCAGGCCCAGGACCCCGAUGCCACUGGGGCGGGGGAACGCCUCACCUACAGGAUAUCCAGUGGAAACCCCCAAAACUUCUUUGCCAUUAACUCCAAGACAGGCCUGAUAACCACAACGUCCCGGAAGCUGGACCGGGAGCAGCAGACGGAGCACGUUUUGGAGGUGACGGUGACGGAUGGUGGACCGAACCCGCGGCACUCCACCGUCUGGGUCAUCGUCCAUGUGCUGGACGAAAACGACAACAAGCCACAGUUUCCCGAGAAGGUUUACCAGAUCAAGCUGUCCGAGCGUGAACGCAAGAAGAAGGCGGAGCCCAUCUACCGCGUCUUCGCCUACGACAGGGAUGAGGGGCCCAACGCCGACCUGUCAUACAGCAUCGUGGACGGCAACGAGGAUGGCAAGUUCUUCAUCGACCCCAAGACGGCCAUGGUGUUGUCCCGGAAGCAGUUCACCGCCGGCAGUUACGAUAUCCUUACCGUAAAAGCCACCGACAACGGCCGUCCCCAGAAGUCUGCCAUCGCCCGGCUACACAUUGAGUGGGUCCGCAAGCCGCCAGCCUCUCCAGUGCCCCUGCUGUUUGACGAGCCCUACUACAACUUCACCGUCAUGGAGCAUGAUAAGGUGGCGGAGAUUGUGGGCGUGGUCUCCAUGCAGCAGAGCACCACGCCCUUAUGGUUCGACAUCACUGGUGGCAAAUUUUCCCGGGAGAUGUUCUAUAUUCUACAGACAGCUUGUGGCAGGAAUUGUUCCACAGAAGGUGGGAACUACGACAGCCUGUUCGACAUCAAGAAGGGGGUGGGCACCGUUGUCAUCGCCAAGCCGCUGGAUGCCGAGCAGAGGUGCUUCUACAACAUGACCAUCGAUGUGACCGAUGGCACCAACACCGCGUCCACACAGGUAUACAUCACAGUGAUGGACAACAACGACAACGGGCCCGUGUUCUCCCAGCCCACCUACGACGUGUCCAUCUCAGAGGACACCCCAGCUGAGACAGAGGUGGUCCAGGUUCUGGCCACGGACCGAGAUGAGAAGCACAGGCUGACCUACUCCAUCCACAGCACCAUCGACCCCACGAGCAUGCGCAAGUUUAGGAUGGAUCCAUCCACCGGAACCAUCUACACUGCCGAGAGGCUGGACCACGAGGCUCGGUCCCAGCACAUCCUCACUGUCAUGGUAAAAGACCAGGAGUUCCCCUACCGUAGGAACCUAGCACGGGUCCUGGUCGAUGUUGAGGAUGCCAACGACCACAUCCCGUACUUCACCAGCGCCCUGUAUGAGGGGUCCGUGUACGAAUCUGCGGCAGUGGGCUCUGCCGUCCUUCAGGUGACCGCGUUAGAUAAGGACAAGGGGGACAACGCGGAGCUCCGCUACGUCAUCGAGGCAGGAAAUACUGCCAACACCUUUCAGAUUGAGCCAGUCUUGGGAAUCAUCUCCAUCGCCCGAGAGUUGGACAUCACAGCCAUUGGCCACUAUGUCAUCACAGUCCGUGUGACGGACAACGGCUUGCCACCCUUAAGUACGACUACUAUGGUGCGAAUCACCGUUACCCUGUCCAACAAUGCAGGCCCCAAGUUUCUCCAGAAGGAGUACCAGGCAGAGGUCAACGAGAAUACACCCAUCGGCACAUCUAUUAUCGCAGUCAGUGCCAUGAGUCAGUCCACCCUGAUUUAUGACAUUAAGCUUGGCAACGCAGAGAGGAGGUUUAGGAUCAAUCAGUAUACUGGAGUCAUAACCACCCAGAAACCCCUUGACUAUGAAAACACUGCGUCAUAUACCUUAAUCCUACAAGCCUCCAACAUGGCGGGGAUGGCCUCCAAUGUCACCAUCAACAUUCAGGUGGUCGAUGAGAACGACAACUCCCCGAUCUUUCAGCAGCUGCAGUACGCGGGCAGCAUCAGCGAGGAGGCACCCAUAAACAGUGUGGUCCUGAGCACUGACAACAGCCCAUUAGUCAUAAAAGCCACAGAUGCUGACAGAAAUCAGAAUGCUCUCUUAGUGUACCAGAUCGUGGAGGACACGGCAAAGAAAUUUUUCACCGUAGACUCAAGCACAGGAUCUAUAAGAACCAUUGCCAACUUGGAUCAUGAAACAAUUGCUCAAUUCAGAUUCCACGUGCACGUGAGAGACAGUGGAAAGCCCCAGCUGACUGCUGAAAGCCCCACAGAGGUCACCAUCCAGGUGAUUGACACUAAUGAUUCCCCUCCUCGAUUUUCCCAGGAUUCAUAUGAAACUGUCUUGCUGCUUCCCACAUAUGUUGGCGUGGAGGUAUUAAAGGUUAAAGCCACAGAUCCUGACCUUAACGUUCCUGCGGAAUUGACCUACACACUUGCAGAUGGAAACUUGGAGCAUUUUUACAUUGAACCUGCCAGUGGUAUUCUGACUGUGAAGAACAACAAUUUCUCCAAAGACCGCUUCAGAUUCAAUGUUAAGGUCUCCGAUGGUAAAUUCUCCAGCACGGCACUGGUCACCGUGCUAGUCAAAGAGGCCAUGGACAGUGGUCUGUUUUUUACACACAGUCUGUACUCCACUUCCAUCCAGGAGAAUAUCACUAACAUCACUACAGUGGCUGUGGUCAAUGCAGUGGGACACCGACUCAACGAGCCCCUGAAAUACAGUCUCCUGAAUGCUGGGACUAAGUUUAAAAUUAAAUCCACCUCUGGAGUCAUAGAGACAACUGGAGUUCCAUUUGACCGGGAAGAACAAGAGUUCUAUGAGUUAGUCGUUGAGGCGAGCCGAGAGCAUGACCACCUGAGGGUAGCGAGGGUAGUGGUGAAGGUACAAGUGGAGGACAUCAACGACAAUGCACCAGUGUUCGUCAGUCUUCCAUACUAUGCAGCCGUACAGGUAGAGGCUGAACCUGGGUCCCCGAUAUUUCGAGUCACAGCUGUGGAUCAGGACAAAGGAAUCAAUGGUGAAGUGUCCUACUUUUUAAAGGAUGAUUAUGGGCACUUUGAGAUUAACAGACUCAAUGGUGACCUCCGCCUGAAAAAAGCUUUUGAAUCAGAUUUGUCAAAUGUAGAGUAUAAAGUACUUGUGUAUGCCAGAGAUGGUGGCCAUCCUCCUCUGUCUACCAUGGUGGAAUUUCCGAUCACCGUGGUAAACAAAGCCAUGCCCGUCUUUGACAAGUCAUUCUAUGCAAUUUCGGUCAAUGAAGAUGUUGCAGUGCACACUCCAGUUCUCGGUAUAAAUGCCACCAGCCCUGAAGGUCAAGCUAUUAUAUACACCAUUGUGGAUGGGGAUCCCAGCUCUCAGUUUAGCAUUGGGUUUGACACCGGCAUUAUCAGUGUUAUUAACUCACUAGACUAUGAAAUCAGUCCCAUGUUUAGAUUGAUUGUGAGAGCAACAGACUAUCUAACAGGAGCCAGAGCAGAGGUUGACGUUGAUAUAACUAUCGUAGAUGUGAAUGAUAACCCUCCCUUGUUUGAAAAGAUGUUCUACAAAGCAACUCUGUCCGAAACAUCUAUGAUCGGGACUCCAGUUCUUCAGGUCGUGGCAAAAGACAAGGAUUCAGAUAAGAACAAUAUUGUGCGAUAUCAGAUUUUCUCCAAUAUGUACAACAGCACAGAUCAUUUCCACAUUGACAGUAGCAGUGGACUCAUUUUGACAGCCCGUCUCCUCGACCAUGAACUGAUCCAGGAGUACAACUUCGUUGUUAGAGCAACAGAUAAUGGUUUCCCAGCUUUAAGUAGUGAGGUGGCUGUCACUGUUGUCGUGAACGAUAUGAAUGACAACCCUCCUGCAUUUAACCAGCUGCUCUAUGAGUCAUAUAUGAGUGAACUUGCACCAAAAGGGCACUUUGUAACCUGUGUACAGGCAUCUGAUGCAGACAGCUCUGAUCUGGAUAAGCUGGAGUACAGUAUCCUGUCUGGCAAUGAGAGGAUGAGCUUUGCCAUGGAUAGCAAAACAGGAAUCAUUACCCUGUCCAACCACCGCAAGCCGAGGAUGGAUCCUGUUUACAGUCUGAAUGUUUCUGUUUCAGACGGCGUGUUCACCAGUACUGCUCAGGUCCACAUCAGAGUUUUGGGCGCCAAUCUCUAUAGCCCAGUGUUUAGCCAAAAUGUAUAUGUUGCAGAAGUCCGAGAAAACGCUGCCAUUGGCUCCAGAGUUACUCAGGUGAAAGCCACAGAUAUGGACUCAGGACCAUUUGGUCAAGUGACAUACUCCUUUAUAAAUGACCUGGCUAAGGACCAGUUCAGCAUUGACAACAAUGGUCAGAUAACAACUUUAGAGAAGCUGGAUCGCGAGAACCCUGCAAAUAAGGACAUUGUCCUGACUGUCAUGGCCCUGGAUGGUGGUGGACGAGCUUCCUAUUGCACCGUUAGGGUGAUUCUGGUGGAUGAGAAUGACAAUGCUCCCAAAUUCCGUGCCGUCGAGUAUCGGGCCAGUGUAAAAUCAGAUGUAGGUGAGGGUUUCUUAGUCACGCAGAUCCAGGCUUAUGACUCAGAUGACGGAGCCAAUGCCAAGAUUACCUACUCCCUUUAUAGUGAGGCCCACGUCCCUGUGGUGGACAUCCUAGAGAUCGAUCCAGACAAUGGCUGGAUGGUUACAAAGGGUAGCUUCAACCACCUGAAAAACUCCAUCCUGUCCUUUUUUGUGAAGGCCGUUGAUGGCGGUAUCCCUAUUAAGCAUUCCUUGGUGUCAGUGUACAUCCAUGUGUUGUCCUCAGAGAACCCAAUCCCAGCUUUCACCCAACCCCAAUACUCUUUCACCGUCCCUGAGAAUACUCCCAUCGGGGCAGCACUAGGCUCGGUCCACCUGACUCUGGGCCACAGUGCCAUCUUUAGUAUCGUGAGUGGUGAGAUGAGGGAAAACAACCUGGAAGGCAUCUUCGUGGUGGAAAAGGAGACAGGGCUCAUCAAACUGGACAAGCCCCUGGAUCAUGAGGUCCUCGAUGCCUUUCACUUUAAGGUCUCGGCUACUAUGAAGCAAGCCAGGAUGGACUCUGUCUCCACAGUAGAUGUUGAGGUGAAAGUCCUAGACCUCAAUGAUAACAAACCUUCUUUUGAAUCAAAUUCCUACGAGGCAACAGUCAUGGAAGGGAUACCUAUUGGUACAAGAGUAAUACAAGUCCGUGCCUUGGACCCCGAUUGGGGUGCUAAUGGACAGGUUACAUACAGUUUGGCACCCACACCAAAUGUGGAAUCGCAACAAAAUACUUUCAGCAUCGACAGCAACACGGGCUGGAUCUCCACCCUCAAAGAUCUGGACCACGAGAUGCACCCAUCGUACAGCUUUGCUGUGGUCGCUUCAGAUCUCGGUGAGACGAUCACCCUAUCCUCCACCACCACGGUGACUGUGGUCAUCACAGACGUCAACGACAAUCCACCCAGUUUUGUGGAGGACUACUACAGAGGGGCAGUGAGGGAGAGCGACCCCCCGGGCGAGGUGGUGGCCGUGUUGCACACACGAGACAAUGACAGCUCUGACAUCAACCGUCAAGUCAGCUAUCACAUCACAGGGGGAAACCCGAAAGGGGAGUUUGCACUGGGACUGGUGCAGGGCGAGUGGAAGAUGUACGUGAAGAGGCCCCUGGACAGGGAAGCACAGGACCUGUACUUGUUGAAUGUCACUGCCAGUGACAGGCUUUUUGUCACUAUGGCGGUCGUCGAGGUCACCGUGACGGACACCAACGACAACACCCCUGUUUGCAACCAGGCUCUAUAUACUGCCUCGUUCCCUGAAGAUGUUCCCAACAACAAAGUUAUUUUGACGGUAGGAGCGACAGAUGCGGAUAUAGGGUCCAAUGCAGAGAUUCAUUACUCUCUCUCUGGCCUUGGUGUUGAAGAUUUCUACAUGGAUGAAGACACUGGUGAACUCAAGACGGCCUCCACUUUGGACCGGGAACAGACCCCCAGGUAUAAGCUUAUUGCCCGGGCGACCGACGGGGGUGGGCUCUUCUGCCAGAUGGAGAUUGCCCUGGAGCUCCUGGAUGUGAACGACAAUCCACCAGCGUUCUCCUCCCAGUGGUUCACGGCCAGCAUCUACGAGGACACAGCCACCAAAGCCCUCCUCACACGGCUGCAGGCCAUCGACCCAGAUGAAGGUGUGAACCGCAAGGUCGUGUAUUCCCUGGUGGACUCAGCAAAUGGGUUCUUCUCCAUCGACAAGACCUCAGGGGUCGUGGUCCUGGAGAAGCCCUUAGAUCGAGAGCUACAGUCAUCGCACAACAUCACCGUGCGCGCCUCAGAUCAGGGCGAGGGGGUCCGGCUAUCCUCGCUGGCCAACAUCACCGUCAUCGUGCUGGACGUCAACGACAACCCGCCCGUGUUCGAGCGCCGUGACUACCUGGCAACCAUCCCCGAGGAUGUGCUCCUGGGGACAGAGGUGCUACGCAUCUACGCCGCCAGCAUGGACAUCGGCACCAACGCUGAGAUACACUACAGCAUCCGCUCGGGAAACGAGCAUGGGAAGUUUCACAUCGACCUGGUGACGGGAGUCAUUAUGGUCUCCAAGUCACUGGACUUCGAGACGUGUAAGGAUUACUUCCUCACAGUAGAGGCCCGAGACGGGGGGACUCCACCCCUCAGUGCAAUCACCACGGUGAACAUCAAUCUGACAGAUGUGAACGACAAUGCACCAAUUUUCAGCCGGGAUGCUUACACUGCUGUCAUCAGUGAGGAUGCCACCAUUGGAGAGUCUGUUGUCAAGGUGAUGGCAGAAGAUUUGGACAGUCAGGUGAAUGGACAGAUUCUUUUCUCCAUCGUAAGUGGGGACAGGGAAAACCAAUUCUUCAUAGAUCCAAUCACGGGCCUGAUGAAGGUCAACAAGGAGCUGGACAGGGAGAUGGUGUCUGGCUAUUCCCUCACUGUGAGAGCACUGGACAGUGGGUCACCGCCUAUGUCCUCCACGGUGAUGGUCCACAUUGACAUUUCCGACAUCAACGACAACCCUCCGGCCUUCUCCUCGGCAAACCACACCGCUGUCAUUCAGGAGAACAAGCCUGUUGGCACCAGCGUCCUGCAGCUGUCCGUCAUGGAUAAAGACGCCUCCCACAAUGGACCCCCCUUUGAGUUCAGUAUCGUGUCCGGGAACGAGGGCGGCGAAUUCAUGCUGGACCAGACGGGGCUGCUCACAUCCAACCAAGUGUUCCGGAAGAACACCGAGUAUAUCGUGCAGGUGCAGGCAAAGGAUUCUGGGAAGCCACCCCUUUCAUGCACCUCCUUUGUCUUCAUCCGUGUGAUUGAGGAGAGUCUGCACAAGCCAGUGGCCUUCCCGCUGGAGGUGUACAUCGUCACGAUGGAGGACGAGUUUCCGGGCGGUGUCAUUGGCAAGAUCCACGCCACUGACCAGGACCUGUACGACGUGCUGUCCUUCAGCCACAAGUACCAGCAGAAGAGCAUGUUCAAGAUCAGCCGGCAGGACGGCAAGAUCAUCGCUCUGAGCGGCCUGGACGCCGGCAAGUAUCUGCUGAACGUGACAGUGAGCGACGGACGCUUCUCUGUGCCGGUGGACGUGGUGGUGCACGUGGAGCAGGCCACGGUGGAGAUGCUGAGGAACGCCGUGACCGUCCGCUUUGAGAGCGUCACGCCUGAGGACUUCGUGGGCCUGCACCUGCGCAGCUUCCGGCGGGCGCUGCGGGGCGUGGUGGCUCCGCAGGAGCACGACCUCCUGCACGUGCUGAGUGUGCAGCCCGUGCCGGGGACGCCGCAGCUCGACGUGCUCUUCGCCGUGCAGACCCCAGGCGGCGGCUUCUACAAGGCUGCCUACCUGACGCAGAAGCUGAGCGCCUCCCGCAGGGCACUGGAGAGCGUGUUGCGCGUCUCCGCCGUCCUGGACAAGAACUGCUCGGGCCUGGAGUGCCAGGAGAGGCUGUGUGAGCAGACCAUCGUGCUGGACUCCCACGCCCUGGUCACCUACAGCACGGCCAAAGUCAGCUUUGUCUCGCCACGUUUCCAUAGGAACACGCGGUGCACCUGCAGUGGUGGCAAGUGCCCCGCUUCUUCGGAGCUGUGUGAGGACCAUCCAUGCCCAGGAGACAUGCAGUGUGUCGGCACAGGGGGAGCCCAGGGACCCUAUUUGUGCCAGUGCCCCCCAGGGAAGCUUGGCGAGUGUGCGGGUCACACCUCCCUCAGCUUCUCAGGGAACAGCUACAUAAAGUACCGCGUGACAGACAGCAGCAGCGGCGGCGAGCUGAAGCUGGGCCUGCGCAUCCGCACACUCCAGAGCCGAGGCAUCAUCAUGUACACGCGUGCCGAGCCGUGUACCAUUCUGAAGAUUGACGAGGGCAGGCUCUGGUUCCAGUUGGACUGCAGCAAAAGUGCGGGAAUCCUCGGCAUCUCCGGCCGGCCCGUUAACGACGGCAACUGGCACUCUGUGUCCCUGGAGCUGAACCGGAACUUCACAAGCCUGUCGCUGGAUGACAGCUACGUGGAGCGGCGCCGGGCCCCGGUGCACUUUCAGCCACUGGGGGCCGACGGCUCCAUCUACUUCGGCGCCCAGGUGCAGCUGCCCAACUUGCGCAGCCUGACGGAGAAGAAAGGCCCUAAGGUCCUUGGCGGCUUUCAGGGCUGCCUGGACUCGCUGGUGCUGAACAACAAUGAGCUGCCCCUGCAGAACAAGCGGAGCCGCUACGCCGAGGUGGUGGGCCUCACCGAGCUCAAGCUGGGCUGCGUGCUCUACCCGGACGCCUGCGAGAGAGCGCCCUGCCUCAACGGCGGCAGCUGCACCAGCCUGCCAUCCGGUGGUUUUGAGUGCAGUUGCAGUCCCCAGUUCACCGGGGGGCGCUGUGAGACCGAGAUUACAGCCUGCGUCCCCAAUCCCUGUCAAAAUGGAGGGAUAUGCAAGUCGAUCGGCAACGCCUUCCUGUGCAGCUGCAGAAGGGGAUUCACCGGCCUCACGUGCGAGCAGGACGUGAACGAGUGCGAGCGGGAGGAGUGUGAAAACGGCGGCGCCUGUGUCAAUACCUUCGGCGCCUUCUACUGCAACUGCACUGCGGGCUUCGCGGGCCAGUCGUGCAGCCUGCGGCCCGUGGUGGUGCCCAACAUGCAGGCGGGCCACUCCUACGUGGGCAAGGAGGAGCUGAUCGGCAUCGCCGCCGUGCUGCUCGUCAUCUUCGUCCUCGUCGUGCUCUUCGUCGCCUUCCGCAAGCGAGUCUUUCAGAAAAGCUACUCGCGCAACAACAUGGCGCUGGUGCAAGACCCGGCCACAGCAGCCCUGCUGAACAAGGCCAACGGCAUCCAGUUCAAGGCACUGCGCGGGGCCGGUGGCGAGCCCUGCGGCCUGUACGCCGAGCCUGGAGCCGGGCCGCCGCAGGUACCUGUGCGGCCCAUGGCCUACACACCCUGUUUCCAGGGGGGCGGCGGUCUGGACAAGAUGGCCGACGGCCUCGGUGGCGAGCACACGGAGAUGACCACCUUCCACCCGGAGUCCCCGCGCAUCCUGACCGCCCGCCGUGGCGUGGUGGUCUGUAGCGUGGCGCCCAACCUGCCCCCGGUCUCGCCCUGCCGCUCCGACUGCGACUCCAUCCGCAAGAACCCCUGGGACAGCGACGAGGGUAAAGUGGUGGAUAUGGCUGAAGACGCCACCUGCUUUUCAGGCAGCAACAAGGGCAGUAAUUCCGAGGUCCAGUCCCUCAGCUCCUUCCAGUCUGACUCAUGCGAUGACAACGCUUCCAUAGUGACCGUCAUUCGACUGGUCAAUGAUGCGGUCGACACAAUCGAAAACGAAGUGUCGGUCAUGGACCAAGGGCAGAGCUACGACAGAGCGUAUCACUGGGACACAUCUGACUGGAUGCCAAGCUCCCGGCUCCCCAACAUUGAGGAGGUGCCCAACCACGAGGGAGGGGACACCACAUCCAUUCGCCUGGGGGGCUCUGCACGGGAGCUGGAGACAGACUACUACUUAGGCGGCUACGACAUCGACAGCGAUUUCCCGCCCCCGCAGGACGAGGAGUUCCUGAGCCAGGAGCAGCUGCCAUUGCCGCUGCCGGGGGAGUACGCGGAGCAGUACGGCACGCUACCGGCACCACAGCCCGUCUCCAUGGAGAGCACCCUCAGCAGCAGCAGCGGCAGCCAUGCCCGCCCCCACUUCCACCCCAGCCAGUAUCUGCCCCCGCACUCGUUCCCAGGGGAGGGCCAGGGUGCGGAGCUGAGCACAUUCGGGCCGGGCUCGGGCCCGGACAGCGCCUCGCUGAGCAACCGCCUCUCCGCCAACGCCUCCUCCUCGGACGUUUCUGCCGCGUGCGGCUUCGACGACUCCGAGGCAGGUGUCAGCGACCUGGAGAGCGCCGACGAGAUGCAGUUCGAUGGAGAACAUUCCCAGUUCACCGAGACCCAUCAGCAGACCGAAGUUUGAACCCCGUGCUGGGCGAGGUUACCAGAAGGCACAAAGUCAAAACAACAUGCUUUUUUGGACUUCCCAGGCCACUGUAGGAGCCCUUUUCAGGACUUUAUGCUCCUCUCUGACACUGUACCACUGCCCAGUGCGAGCAGGGCCGGUAUGGGGAGUAGAUUUUUAUUCUUACUUGCCGAUGAGGCUGUUUUGCUUUCUCUAGAUGGUCGGCGCCCCCACUAACCAGUGCAUAGCUGAGGCAAGCAGGUCCCACAUCAUACAGCCCUGGGGGUAGACAGAUGCCUGUAAUUACAGUCAGUAUCACCCGUACUUUUUAUUUGUACACUUUUAUCGGACUGGAUUUUGAUGGGCUGACCAUAGUCCUUUUCUCUAUGGCUUUUUUUUUCCAUGAAAAAUUUUUGUUGAAUGAUAAAUCUCGGACUUUUUAACCCCCAGACUGAAGGGGUCACUGUAAGUCAUCAUGUCCUAUUUUGUUUAGGAUUUUUUUUCUGGGGCAUCAGUACUUCUCUCUCUCUCUCUCUUUCUCUCUCUCACUCACUCUCUCUAUCUGUUUAUUUGUCUCUCACAUCUCCUGCCCACUGCUUCUGCCCCAGACACUGCCCCUGGUAUCCAUGGGGACAGUGUAGUCCUGGUGACGGGGCCUGUAGCGCAGCAUCUCCUUCCAGUUUUGCUGAGGUACCACAAGAGCCCGCCGAGGCCCCCGGCUGCAUGGCAGGGCCUCGGUGUGCCUGAGAGGAUCAGCCACUCCCCUCCUGCUG